UUGAUAGGGGAAAAAUUGGGGGCGCAUAAAAUCGCAUAUUAAAGCGAUUAAAAUAUUAGUUUGUAGUUUAAUUUAUUUUCAAGAGUUUGGUAAAAUGGAUGAGAGCGACACUUACGUGCACAGCGCCUACCAGGUGUCGAUAAUUCCAACGGAUCUACAUCACGAGGAAACUAUAAUCAGAGCAGCACAGUCGCUCGACUGCCUAAACAAAACAAUCAACUCAAUUUUUGGGCGUAUCGAUGCUCGGUUAGAAAGAAAUGGUGCCAAGGUCCAGCAGAUAAAUGAGCGUGUCAUGCGUGCGCAGGCGAAAAUUAAUGCCCUCGUUGGAUCUAAAAAAUCAAUUAAAAUCUUUGCGCCCGCUCGUUUCCCCGGCAGCGCGAUUCUAGGCAACAUACCGGCAACAUUUCCGCCGGUGGUGGCACAGGAGCCAAUGGAUCCACCGCCGUCGUCGUUGGAUCAACAGCAGCCUCGGCUGCGGAAUCGUGACGAUGAAGCAACCAGUGAACAGGAAUCGGCUGCGGGUCUGGACUCCGUCAGCUUUCAUGUGCGUGGUGAGGAUCAGCUUGAGAUGCCGCUGGUUAUCGAGCGUCAAAUGACUAAUCGAACAGCCGGUUUGGGCUCGUUGCCAGCUGUCAAAUCAAUGCCCACCCUCAUGCGUUUCAAUUCCAAUGAGUUUGCCUAUACGGGCGGCCGAAACGGAACCAUCGAUCUAAAUGCCUGGAAGCGCACACUGCCGCCACAGAGUUACAGACGAGCUGCUGCCCACAAGCCCAGGCCAAUUGCAUCCGAACUGCUGGCGCCGGCACCACAUUCACUGGCCCAUGGCACCACCAAACUGGCAACUCCGGCGGGAGAUUUGCGUUACACUCCAGCUGCAUUGGCAGCACCAGCCAUUGAUGUUCCUCUGGACUUGCCCGAUUUGCCAGGCAUCGCCAAUGACCUGCAAUAUGAGCCGGUGGAGGAGCAAACUCCAAUUGCGCCAUCGCAUCAGUUUGUUGAUUUACCCGAUUUACCUGGUUUGACAGAGCCGGAGAUAAAUAUGGACGUGGAUAUCACGGUGCAAGCUUUAGCUGCCCAGACGCAUACGGUGAGAAAAGUGCCGCAGAUGCAGUCGAUGAGUAUGCCACCGCCAAGAACAUUGGCACCACCGCCUCCACCGCCACCACCAACACUAGCACCGCCACGGCCACCUCCGCCGCCCCCACCUCAAAUGGCCUUAAAGCUGCCCAAUGAUGACGUGAUCAAACCAUUAUCGCCGUCUAUUGAAACUCCACUGCACAUACCACAAUCUCGGGCACCACCAGCGCCGGAUCCACGCUCUGAGCUCAUGGCUGCCAUACGUAACGCUGGCGGUGCCCUCGGUGGACGCUUACGUUCACCGGCAGCAGCGCCCGUCAACCUAGACGUAGUGGAUACACAAAAUACCCAAAACUCGAGUGGCGCAAGUCGCUCAAGGGCAGGCGGACCGGCAACUGGCGGGGAUCUCAUGGCGGAUUUGCACAACAAGCUUAUGCUGCGUCGCAAGGGCAUCUCCGGCAGCCAGAAUCCAGCGGAACAGUCGGGCAAUCCCAUAAUGCAACAAUUGUCCAAGUUAAUCGAGUCACCAAUGGAGAAGAGCAAAGGUUCCAUGUCCAGCGAUGAGGGCAAUUCAGAGGAAGACGAUGCUUGGGAGUAGUAGCACAACAAUUAAAUCCAAAAUUGUUUCAACUAAGUGCCUUGCUUUAAGCAUUAGUAUAAAUUAUUAAAUCAUUAUUAGGCAGAUCGAGCAUUAAAAA